GUCGAGCUGUCAGUGUGGCGGCUACAUAUCUGCUGCUGCGUGCUGUGCUUAAGCUUCCAUGCCGAACGAGGGCGUCGUACAAAGCAGACAGAAAUGGCUGAACAGCACAAACGUAACAAACCAAUGGUUUAUCACGGGUAUAAAUAAGGCCUGGACGUUCACCGGCAAUUAGUGGCACGCUAUCAUAUUUAUCGGCUGGGGUCUGACCACAUCACUGUGACUUCACUGAUCUCAUUGUCCCACUUUUGGAGGAAAAUUGUUAAUUACAACCACCUUUAAUACAAAGCAAUCAUGAGCACCCACGACUCAGAUGUACACACCAUCUCUCCGGAGCUGCCAGCAAUGUUUGAUGGCAUGAAGUUGGCAGCCGUGGCGACGGUGCUCUACGUCAUUGUACGUUGCCUAAACCUCAAGAGCCCCACCGCGCCCCCUGACCUCACCUACCAGGACACGCCCCUCAACCACUUCCUGUUGAAGUCCUGCUCUCAGCUGACCAAAGAGUACAUUCCUCCCUUGCUAUGGGGCAAGAGCGGUCACCUCCAAACAGCCUUGUAUGGAAAAUUGGGUCGAGUGAGCGCACCUCAUCCCAGUGGGAUCAGGAAGUACUUACCUAUGCAGGAUGGGGCAACCGCGACCUUUGACCUCUUUGAGCCAGUGGGGGACCAUCGAACAGGAGAUGACAUCACCAUGGUGAUAUGCCCUGGUAUCGGUAACCACAGUGAGAAGCAUUAUAUCCGAACCUUUGUGGAUUACGCCCAGAAGGACGGCUAUCGUUGUGCUGUCCUUAACCACCUCGGAGCUCUACCCAACAUUGAGCUUACCUCGCCACGCAUGUUUACUUAUGGGUGCACAUGGGAGUUUGCCGCCAUGGUCGGCUACAUCAAGCGGGCUUAUCCUCAGACCCAGCUCAUAGUGGUGGGUUUCAGUCUGGGGGGAAACAUUGUUUGUAAGUUCCUGGGCGAGAACAUGUCAAACCAAGAGAGAGUCCUGUGCUGUGUCAGCGUCUGUCAAGGUUACAGUGCUUUCAGUGCUCAGGAAACAUUCCUGCAGUGGGAUCAGUGCCGGCGCUUCUAUAACUUUCUCAUGGCUGAUAACAUGAAGAAAAUAAUCCUCUCGCACAGGCACAGUCUAUUUGGGGGAAACUCUGCGAAAAUAAUGGAUGCAGAUCUUAGUCGGCUAUACACAGCAACAUCCCUCAUGCAGAUUGACGACAACAUCAUGAGAAAAUUCCAUGGUCACAGCUCCCUCAAAGAGUAUUAUGAGAAGGAGAGCUGUGUCCAUUAUAUUCACAACGUAAACGUACCGCUGCUGCUUGUAAACUCUGCAGAUGACCCUCUGGUUCAUGACUCUCUGCUCAAGAUCCCCCGCACACUAGCAGAGAAAAAGCCAAACGUGAUCUUUGCCUUGACGCUGCACGGCGGACACCUGGGCUUCUUCAAGGGUGCCGUGCUCUUCCCCAAGCCCCUCACCUGGAUGGACAAAGUUAUCGUGGGGUACGCCAAUGCCAUAUGCCAGUGGGAGAAGCAGAAACCGCCAUGCCAAAGUGACCCCCUGAGUGAGAGUUCCUGCACACAGGAAAAAGCCUGAAACCGUUCUUUGUCGCUCACUCUCUCGCUCCGUCACCCCAAAACACACAAGACACCCAGCACUGAGGAGACAUCUGGAAGUGCUCGCCACCUCUCCUCUGCCUUCUUCUUUGGUGCUGCUCACUGCUGCAGACCUUGUCUCCAUGCCUUCAGCACAGCCUUUGUCUCUUCUCUGUUAGGAAGACCACAGAGUAGAGUUCAGACAGUUUCUUGACGAAUGAAGGCAAUAUGACAACAGGUGGAGAUGAUCUUCUCGCUUGACCACAAAAGUGAGCACAUAAACACAAAGUGAGUAAUAAACACAUUGUUCCCUU